GUCUUAAAAAAAAAAAAAAAAAAAGACGAAUUGAGUUCGAGUUCCGGCUCGUAGACCAUCUGGAUCCCGUUCAACUUACUCAAAAAAUAUAGUUUAAAAACGGAGAAAUGUAGGCUACUUUGUCGGUCUCACACACCUCAUUCAAGGCCUGAAUGUUAUUAGACAUAAUCUUCAAAUGUCGUGCUGUCAUAGCAACAAGAAAACUAUCUUAAUAUUAUACGCACCAUAUUCAAGAAUAAACUUGAAAACUUGAGUCAUGGAGAACAGAUGAAAGACUUCGUUAUGUCAAUGGCAUCCAGAGAUUUGUGUUAACAUGUUCAGGUAUGAUAACAUCCUACUCCAUCUGCCUGGCGACUCGACCGUAUAUACAGCCGUUAGAUGGGAAAAGUCUGUCACAAACAUGAUGCAUAGCGGAUCGUUCUGAGUAAAUAUUUCCCGUCACCCCAAGAUGCCUAAAAUGCUUUUCUCAAAGAUUCGGAUCUACGAGUUCAAGGACCUCAUUCGGAACAAGAAACAACCGAAAACACUGGACGUUCUGUUGAGCAGGAAAAAACAAAAAAACAAUAUCCGAUGUGUUUUGAUUAAGAAAAAUACUGAAGACUCUCAUUAUCAACUGCAAGACCAAGGGCCAAAGCUUUCUGAUCUGCUUGAAAACAGAGACUACCUGGACGCCUUUCGUUCAUUUCUCCAGUCUGAGUUUAGUGCGGAGAACAUUGAAUUUUGGCUUGCCUGCAGGGAAUAUAAGCAGAUGACUUCAUCCGGCAAACUCUCUAACAAAGCAGCAGAUAUCUACAAAGAGUUUCUCCAUCCCAUGGCUCAAAAAGAGGUCAACAUUGACCAUCACACUCGUGAGAAGAUCAAGAGAUCUUUGGUGAAGCCUGACCUCACUUGUUUUGAUGAAGCCGAGAUGCAUAUAUACAGACUUAUGGAGAAAGACUCCUGCCCAAGGUUCCUCAAAUCUGAGGCCUAUGAGAACGUGAGGAACGCAGCCAGGAACCCAAUGUAGACCAGCCAAUGACAACUAAUUCACUGGAAAAAUGUUCUUAAUGAGCUGGUGCACAGAAAGAGGACAUAUGCACGUGGUUUAGAGGAAAUGACAGAGGAGAACAGAAAGUAUGUGGUGUGCAGAAGCUCAGCUUCAUUGGUCUGAGUGAUAAGAAGAAUGAGAAAAAUAAAAGUGUCACCGUUACAGGAAAUGAUCUAGAAUGGAGGUGCAUUAAAUGGUUUCCAUUUAAUGGAAUUAAAUGGAGUUAUUUGAGAGAUGAGCUGGACUUUUCUGUGAAAUGGGUGACUUCUAUAAAUGUUGGUCUUGAAAGUAGAUUUCUGUUAGAUUGUAUCACACAUGUGUUUAAGUGUUGAGAAAUUGUAUUGUGCGACCUCAAGAUAAACAGUUAGUUGACAUCAAACAGCAUUGUGCUUUUUUUUCUUUUUUUUUUUUUUCUUUUUUUUUACAAAUUUAAGACUACAUAGGCCCAGUUACAGUAUUCAAACAUUCACUUUACUUUAAACAUUCAUAUAAAUAAAUAAUUUACACUUUUUUAUUAAAAAAAUUAUGACAUUUACAGUUCAGUUUGACAUACAAGAACAUGAAAGGUCUCAUUAAAAAGACAUUUUAAUGCUGUUAUUUCCACAAAUAUUAAGGAACAAAAAAGAGAGUUCCUAUUAAAUCCCCUACUAAAAAAAUAUGAUAA